AUGACUUUCCACGGCGUGAAUGCGCACAGAUUCUACACAUAUGCCCAGCAGCAGAACCAAAACUAUCUACGCAGCUUUCCAUCUGUCAAUGGCGCCUCGACCCAUCAGGGAGAUAUAAGCUACGCCCCGCCCAGUCUCCAUCCGGGCUUUUAA